AUGCAAAUGACUUGGGAAGAUGUGAGAUUAUCUCCGGAGAAGAAUGUCGCACCGGCGAUUAAGGUGCGUUGUCCAAAAAUGCGCUCAAUCAAAACAGCAGAUUCUCGAAUCAGCUGUUCGACAAUCAAUUUAAUCGUGGUCUGCAACAAUUUUCGCCGAAGUGGCCAAUCCACAUGUCCGGACAAGAACGGUCGUUUUCCGGUACAGAAUCAGUGCGACGCUUACAUCGAGUGCAACGAUGGGGUAGCUGAGGAAAAGUUAUGUCCUGAAGGCUUAUUCUUCAAUCCUGAAGCUCGCUUCAAUUAUCCUUGUGGAUAUCCGAUCGACAUAGACUGCACAGGCAGGCCGAAUUUGCAGCCGGCAAACCCGUCCAACGACUGUCCUCAUCAAUAUGGCUACUUCAAGAUCGGCGAUCAUCAGCACUGCGGGCAAUUUAUGAACUGCGUGGAUGGCAGAGGUUACGUGUUUGACUGUCCGGAGGGUCUGGCCUUCAAUCCGCAGACCUAUCGAUGCGAUUGGCCGGAUCAAGUGCCGGAUUGCGAUGCCGAGACUUUCCUUGGCUUCCGUUGUCCGGAGGUGAAGAACGAUUUCUUCUUGGACGCCGAGAUUAAAUUUUAUCGUAGCCCUGCUGAUUGCCAUCAUUAUUAUAUUUGCGUAAACGGCCGUCCAAGACUGCAAAAUUGCGGCAUUGGAAAUGCUUUCAACGAGCUCAUCGACACUUGCGAUGCUGCGGAAAAUGUCACUGGCUGCGAACACGAAUCAAUAGCGAGAACCACCACUCCAUCUUAUCAACAGGCUAGGCUGUUUUAAAUUCUGAUAGAAUUGAAAAAUGGAAAUAAAAAUUGACGGCACAGUAAUUGCUAAAGAACAGAGAUCAAGAAUUUCAAAUAUUUCGAGAUAUGUAGUAUGAUUUAUUUUCAACAUGAUAAAAUAUCACGCAAAU